AUGACAGCACAUUCAUCAGCUACGUUUUUAAAGCAACAAUCCACCCUUUCAAAAGAAUCUCGAUCCAUGGAUGACCAGGUAUCCAUUAUACACGGCGAUUUCCGACACGGAAGUACGACAUUAGAUAUACCCAUGGUGGGUGAUAGUAGGGGCAAUUCAACACAACAAAAACAACAACAACAACGCCCUGAAGGAACAUCCUCCUUUUCCUCUAUUUCCACUGAAGGGACUAGCACAUCUCCUGAAAACAGUCUUUGUCAUGUCGUCUCUGCACCCAUUGUAGCUAGACCCCAUCAACAACACUCAACACGCACUUCAGUCAGCAGCGACCAUGGCAUGUUGUUCACACCCAAUAUGACAGCUGUUCGACCCCAUUCUGAAAUCAUCCUCCCUCAUCAUCAUCACCAUCUCCAUCAUCACCAACAACGACCAUGGAAACGUAAAAGCAGCAGUAGUUCAUUCUUUUUUACUCGACUCUUGAGACGUUGGUCAUAUCAUACUAGCAACGAUAUUCAACUAGUGGGAAACCAUCGUUAUGUCGGUCGCUUGGCUGAGCGAUAUGGUGAUUACGUUAAACCGGAUCGACGUGGAUCAACGACACAUAAGAGUAUGGGUGCAACGUCUCGAAAGAAUAUCGCCAGUGGAGCAACAGCCGUCAUUCGUCUUGUGCGUUCGUUGAAUGGCGAUAGUAUACUCGCUGUCAAAGAAUUCAAGAGGCGUGAAAAGGACGAGAAUGUCAAGGAAUACAUGAAGCGCAUGCACAAUGAGUAUUGCAUCAGCAAGACGGUAUCCAAUCAUCGCAAUGUCGUCAAGACCAUCGACCUGGUACUUGAUGAGCAGAAUCGUUGGUGUACUAUCAUGGAAUAUUGUUCUGGAGGCGACCUUUUUACAUUGCUGAGAGAAAGGGCAACACCGAUACCAGUUAUGGAACAAGCUUGUUUAUUCAAACAGCUCUUGCUUGGUCUUCAACAUUUGCACCAACAUGGUAUCGCCCAUCGAGAUAUCAAACCUGAAAACCUCAUUCUCACGGCUGGUGGUACAUUGAAAAUAGCCGAUUUUGGUACAUCGACUGUGAUGCGUAACGUAUUCAAGCGCCAUCAAGUGCAACCCUGUAGCCAAUGGUGUGGUUCAUCCGAGUUCUGGUCACCCGAGAUAUGGACUCUGAAACAUCAACAGCAGCGAUAUGAUGGCCAAGCACUUGAUGUUUGGAGUGCUGGUAUCACAUUCUUUUGCAUGCGAUUUGGAAAACUUCCUUUCAGGGCAGCCUUUUAUCAUGAUCCCAAGACACGACAAUCAACUCCGUUGCCAAGCGACGCCCAAUCUACAUCACCCGCUUAUGUAUCUGCCACGGCAACCGAUGGUGGUGAUCCAGCAUUUGGACUCUAUUAUUAUCAGCGGCAAACUCAGGGACCGAUGAAUUGCGAUCUUUGGGAAGGCAUGAUUGAUUCAACAACAACACCAGGUGCGAGUGAUCUUCCUCAGCAGUCGACGACUUGUACUUUAUCUGAAAAGGAAUGCGAAUGUAUAGCUGGGAUGCUAGAUCCACACCCCAUCACCCGCUGGACGGUCGAUCAAGCACUCGCUUCUUCAUGGAUGUCAACUGACAUUGAAAUGUGUAACGAUGGUGCAUUGCCCAAUGGAUGGCGGCAUUAUCAUUGCAUUCCACCAAGCACAACUUCCAAUAUUCAGUAA